UCACGGAAUGUCAAACCCUAAUAGAAUCGCUCUUGCUUGGAAAACACGCCUCGAGCUCCCCGCCAACUAUCCAUCCGGUGUCGCAAGUAUUUCCCGUGCCCCGCUACCCGAAGCCGCCUCAAAUGAACGACGUGAUCGCCAGCAUGUGCUUCCUCAUCACCUACAUGCUGCCAUUCAGCCGCUCGGUGUGGACCAUGGUCGAAGAGAACAGCUCGGGCAUGGCGUCGAUGCUUCGCUCCAUGGGCACGAGUGACCUGGUGUACUGGUUGGCACACUUCGUCUCCACCUUCGUGCACGUGUCGUUCUACUCGGUGAUGGCGGUGUUCUUCAUGGUCUACAACACGUACUACUUGUCGCUGGGCGCCAUCAGCUACGAAGACUACGAGCACACCCGAGACUACGCGCCUUACCUGAGCGAGAAACUUACGCGCCGGGGCCUGUUGAUUGUCCUCUUCACGAUGUUCGGCGUUCAGACGUCGCUGCACGCCAUGCUGCUCUCAUGCGUCAACACCAAGCCGCUGAUGGCAAUGGUGCUGGCCGCUUUCUACUGGACGGCGAUGUUCGCCAUGAGUCGGCCCUGGUCGACGCUGGAGGACUAUCUGUUCGACGACCGCUACCCCAAGUACCUGGCGGCCAUGUUCCCCGUCAACAACCUCUACGUCAGCUUCUUCCACGUACGCUGGACCAUGUACUUCGGCUGUAAGUCGACGCGGCGAUCGGGCGAAGCUGCCGGAACCCUACCGCAGCGCCGCGCACGGCGUUCCGAGCAAAUAGCCCGAACGUUGGCAUAGCCUCCCAAUUGCACGGUGGCUAAUGGCUUAUUUUUUUUACUGGAGCUAUAAUCGCUCAUUGCAUCUCUUCGCCGACGACGGUCAAUACUGUUGCGCCACGUGAAGCGAAUGGCGCGCGUAAUAAAUAAAUGCUUGCGUACUUUCACUA